UCCCUGCUAAAAGAGUCUAGCUCCGCGGCUCUCUCCCUUUGUACCUCAUCUCUCACAGGUUCAGGGUUUUAGCCUUCUUCCAAUGUUCCCACUCGCCACUCCCACUGUGGUCUCACCCACACGGGCACCCAUGGCCACUCUCCGGCGACUGUCCCUCAAUCCCCACCGUUCAUUAUCACUCUCUCCAUUCUCCCUCUCCUUCCCCCCUUCUUCUUCAACCACCUUUAAGUCCUCAUCCAUUCGCGCCUCCUCCCAAAACCACCCCAAACCCCAAAACGACGAUCUCCUCUCCCGUUUCCUCAAAACCCUAAUAAACCCCAUCCUCUCGCCAGCCUUCGAAACCGCCUGCAUCGUCAUCUUCGCCACCGCAUUCUUCUUCAUGCGCCUCCGCCAUAACCCCGUCAUCGCCGCCCCCCUCACCUCACCCUCCGCCACCGCUGAGUCCUACACCUCCGCUGACCCCGACGCCCCCAACGAGGAGAAAGAAAAGGAAAUCGAGGAGCACCUCAGCACAAACCCCUCCGACAUCGAAGCCCUCCGCACUCUCAUGGAGCUCAAGAUCAGAGCGCGUAAAAUCGACGAGGCCAUUGGCAUCAUUGACAGGCUCAUCGAGCUGGAGCCUCAAGAAUCCGAGUGGCCACUCCUCAAGGCUCACAUGCACGUCUACAACGAUCAAGUUGACCUUGCACGCGACGUGUUCGAGGGAAUUCUCCAGAGAGACCCGCUUCGCGUUGAAGCCUACCACGGCCUCGCAAUGACCGCCUUUGAGUCCAAGCUUCCGUUGAAUGAUUUGUUGAAGAGGAUUGAGGCUGCCAUGGAGCAGUGCAAGAAGCAGAACAGGAAUUCAGAGGUCAGGGACUUCAGGCUCUUGAUCGCUCAGAUAAAGGUCAUGGAGGGAGACCUUGAUGCGGCUCUCAAGGCUUACCAGGAUCUUGUGAAGGAGGAACCAAGGGAUUUCAGGCCUUAUCUUUGUCAGGGUAUUAUAUACACCUUGCUGAAGAAGAAAGACGAAGCUGAGAAGCAGUUCAACAAGUUUCGAAGGCUCGUCCCCAAGAACCAUCCUUACAAGGAAUAUUUCGAGGACAACAUGUCUGCCACCAAGUUUUUCUCGCAGAAGGUUGAGAGGGAAACAGAUGCUGCUAGGAGCUGACCAGAGAAAUCAAAGAAUUUGUGGAUUGUUCCACUGAGAGGUCUUUAAUGAGUUCUUGUUCCGUUAUGUUUUGCUAUUUUUAACCCCAGGUGUUUACGUAGGUGAUUAGCGUAGUAGUCUUUCAUGAGAUUACCUCUGGUUGGUUCUCUGGUGAAUAUAGAUACCAUGUCUUUAGAUCAGUUUAUUCUGGGUUCAUAACAGUUCAUAGUUACAAGCUUUUAUCAAACAACUCUUCAAAAUAUUAUGAUAUCCCUUCCAUUUUGGGUUUUUCUA